AUCUCUGUGACUUUAAUAUGCACACACACACACACACGCUCUGUCACACUAUCCCCACCAUCCUCUCACUCUCUCUGCAUCUUCCAUCACAAUUCUGUUUUCAGAACUUCCCAAACAUUAUUGUCCCAUGAAUCUAAAACAUGCCAUACACAAUACAUAAAGGACCACUACCAACAACAUUCAUCUUCUUUCACAACUCAUCUCUCUCAAUUUCUUACAUAAACAUUCUCUUCUUAACAUAAUAAGCUAAGCAGAAUUUUUCAUCUCAGAUGGGAAAGAAAGGAAGCAGUUGGUUCUCAUCGGUCAAGAAAGUUUUCAAGUCUUCUUCUAAGGACUCGCCAUUGCCGGAGAACAAGAAGGAAAAGGAAGAGAAUUGGCAGCAUGAAACAGCAGAGGAGGUAUCUUUGGAGCAUUUUCCUGCAUAUAGUUCACCAGAUAUCACAAAUGAAGGAAGUGCUACAUCAUCACCAGAUAGAAACCAUGCAAUUGCAUUUGCAGCAGCAGUUCAAGCAGCUGCUAGAGUUGUGAGAUUGACAGGUUUUGGACGUAACUCCAAAGAAGAAAGAGCAGCAAUACUCAUUCAAUCAUACUAUAGAGGCUACCUAGCACGACGUGCACGGCGUGCUUUGAAAGGAUUAGUGAGGUUGCAAGCACUUGUGAGGGGACAUAAUGUGAGGAAGCAAGCACAGAUGACAAUGAGAUGCAUGCAAGCAUUGGUUCGGGUACAGGCUAGAGUAAGAGCUCGUAGGCUCCAAUUGACUCAUCAUGAGAGGACACCAGUGGAGGAACAACAUCAUCCUAUGACAAAGUUAGACACAAAUGGUUGGGACUUUAGGCGUCAAAGUAGCCACAAAAUCAGGGAAAAUCAAUUGAGGAAACAUGGAACUCCCAUUAAGAAGGAGAGGGAUCUUCCAUAUGCUUUCAACUGCCAGCAAAAGCAAUAUUUGCAGAUAGACCCAAAUAUUGAAAACCCAAGUGUUGAUGAUAUUGAAAACUGUGGCAAUGAGCGUGAAAGAGCCCAGUUGGAUUGGAACUGGUUGGAACGUUGGAUGUUAUCACAGUCACACAAUGUUAGACCCUUGGGUUUGGGCCCAAUUGAGACUCCACCAUAUACUCCCACUAAGGACAUGUAUGAUGAAAAGCCAGUUGAAAUGGACAUGGUUGCACCUCGAGACUCAAUCCGUGCCAACAUGGGCCUAAUGAAUCAACACUUUCAUGAUUUAAGCCCAAUCUCAAAACAUCACCAACGACAGCACAGCACAGGUCUACCUAGCUACAUGGCCCCAACCCAAUCUGCAAUGGCCAAGGUUCGAAGUCAAGGCCCAGUAAAGCAUCGGGCUUCGUUUGGGUCUUACUGGAGCUCGUCGGCAAGGAGUCCUGUCAAUGGGCUGGGCUAUGACUCGUCCGGCUCUGGUGGAGCCACUUCUGCUCCUAUGUUACAGAAGAGCCCAAGCCCAAAAAUGAAUGGGACUCGCCUUCAAUCUAAAGGGAUUUCGGGUGUUGGUCCAGAUAACGUUGGUGUUGAGGAUUGGGCCAACCCACUUGGGGCUCAUGGCUGGGCAAGAUUUGAUUGACGUGUUUUUAUUUUGCUAAACCUCGUGAUAGUUUAUACUGCCAUAUUUUGCGGUCUAAAACCUUGGACACCGCAUUUGUAUUUUAUUAUUUAAGGACAGUGUAAUGUUGAAGUCAUGUACAAGAUCCAGGGUCGGUCCUGAAAUUUGGGGUACCUCGAACAAACCAAUAAAUUAAUGGCUUUUGUAAUUAUUUGAAUAUUAUUUCCCUA